ACCACCAAGAUGGCCGACGCUAUGGAGGAAUAUGAGAAAGAAGCUGGCUGCGUCCCUAUUCUCCAUCCUGAGGAAAUCAAACCCCAGAGUCAUUACAACCACGGCUACAGCGAGAGUGUCAGCCGUAAAAACCAUGUGGACGACUACAGCACCUGGGACAUUGUCAAAGCCACACAGUACGGCAUCUUCGAGCGCUGCAGGGAGCUGGUGGAGGCGGGCUUCGACGUUCGGCAGCCAGACAAAGAAAACGUAACGCUCCUCCACUGGGCCGCCAUCAACAACAGGAUAGACUUGGUCAAGUACUACAUAUCAAAGGGAGCCAUAGUUGAUCAGCUGGGAGGAGACCUCAACUCCACACCUCUGCACUGGGCCACCAGACAAGGCCAUCUAUCCAUGGUGGUGCAGCUCAUGAAAUAUGGCGCGGACCCGUCUUUGAUCGAUGGCGAGGGCUGCAGCUGCGUGCAUCUGGCCGCUCAGUUCGGCCACACCUCCAUCGUGGCCUACCUUAUCGCCAAAGGACAGGAUGUGGACAUGAUGGAUCAGAACGGCAUGACUCCUCUGAUGUGGGCGGCCUACAGGACGCACAGCGUGGAUCCCACCCGGCUGCUCCUGACCUUCAACGUCUCCGUCAACCUGGGCGACAAAUAUCACAAGAACACAGCGCUGCACUGGGCCGUGCUGGCUGGCAACACCACAGUCAUCAGCCUGCUGCUGGACGCCAACGCUAACGUCGAUGCACAGAACAUCAAGGGUGAAACACCGCUGGACCUCGCCAAGCAAAGGAAGAAUGUGUGGAUGAUCAAUCACUUACAGGAAGCACGACAGGCCAAAGGCUACGACAGCCCGUCCUAUCUGAAAAGACUGAAGAUGGACAAGGAGUUCAGGCAGAAGGUGAUGCUGGGAACACCCUUUGUGGUCAUCUGGCUAGUUGGUUUCAUCGCCGACCUGGACAUCGACUCCUGGCUGAUCAAGGGCCUCAUGUACGCUGGCGUCUGGGUCGCCGUGCAGUUCCUCUCCAAGGCUUUUUUCGACCACUCCAUGCACAGCGCUCUGCCUCUGGGAAUCUACCUGGCGACCAAGUUCUGGAUGUACACCACCUGGUUUUACUGGUUCUGGAAUGAUCUCCCGUUCGCCACCGUCCACGUGCCCUUCCUGAUCAACACCCUGGCUCUGUUCUACAACUUUGGCAAAUCCUGGAAGUCUGAUCCAGGAAUCAUCAAAGCGUCAGAGGAGCAGAAGAAAAAGACAAUUGUGGAGCUGGCAGAGACGGGAAGCCUGGAUCUGAGCAUAUUCUGCAGCACCUGCUUGAUACGGAAGCCCAUUCGGUCCAAACACUGCGCCGUGUGCAACCGCUGCAUCGCCAAGUUCGACCACCACUGUCCCUGGGUGGGGAACUGCGUGGGAAGUGGGAAUCACCGCUACUUCAUGGGUUAUCUGUUCUUCCUGCUCUGCAUGAUCUGCUGGAUGAUGUACGGCUGCAUCUCCUACUGGAGGAUCCACUGCGCCACCAGUUACGCCAAGGAUGGUUUCUGGCUCUAUCUGACGCAGAUCGCCUCCUGCUCCCCCUGGAUGUUCUGGAUGUUCCUCAACAGCGUCUUCCACUUCAUGUGGGUGGCUGUGCUCAUCAUGUGUCAGCUCUACCAGAUCGCCGCUCUGGGAAUCACCACCAACGAGAGGAUGAACGCUCGGAGAUACAAGCACUUUAAAGUCACAGCCACGUCCAUCGAGAGCCCCUUCAACCAUGGCUGCAUCAGAAACCUCAUAGAUUUCUUCGAGAUCCGCUGCUGCGGCCUCAUCCGGCCCGUGACGGUGGACUGGACCACGCAGUACACAAUAGAAUACGACCAGACGUCUGGCUCGGGCUACCAGCUGGUGUAGAGGACGAGGAGCAGGAGGAGGA